ACAGUGCACUGAAUAGGUCAUGAAUCUAUAGUGCUCCUGUAAGAGUGUGAGAGUGUAAGUGUGGCGUUUAGAAGUCAUUAUUUCGUGAUGUUUGUUUGUUUGUUUUUUAACCACUGACAUCUCACACGUGCAUUCGUCUUUGUAAUGAGAGAUUUUUUUCGCAGCCUCCCGGUUAUGUUCCAAUAUCCCUGUGUAGGUAUUCACCUGUUCACCUGUUCACCUGCUCAAACUGACUCACCUGAGGAGCCGCUGUUUUUCGUCUUUUCUUAGGCAGCUAUCACACCAGUGCCCGAGCAUCACAGCCUUUGACCACAUUUUCCUUGUCUUUUGCGCGUCUGAGCGCAGAUCCCACUUUAAUUACAGCACCUUUACUCACCUGCAUAGUCGCCUAGAUCUUUUAAUCUUGCCAUGUUGAUCCACAGCUGCGGUCAGCCGGGGCUACUCGGCGUUUUCUACACGCCAGAGAGCGUGGCGGCAUGUUAAGUGCUGACCUGUAUAAGGUAGUUUCACCUGUCUGAAAGUUGAUGGACUCGCUGUGUUUCCCCUCUCGUCCGUUCAGGUAGGUGUCGCUUAUCAGGGCAGUCGCCUGUCUGCGUCUAUGUAGGUAAACUGUGGCGGUGAAAUACCGCCCCCUACUGGUUCAUGUGCUCACUGCGACGAGCACUCGAGCGUGAUCCUCACUUCCCACGAAACAGAUGUAGCAGGUGAUCUCCCGUCGCUCGGCGAAGAGGCGUUUUGAUUUUUUCAUCAGAUUUAUUUGACGUAACCAAAAAUUCGCGUAGUUUUUAUCUUUAUCUUUGUAAAGAGCCGCGACUCAAGCCUCCAGCUGAAGUACUGACAUGCUGCUGUGCAGAAAGAAGGCUUUUACAGGACAUGGGGAGUAAGCACACCACCUUCAGAGAUGACCAGCUCGACGAGUAUCAGGACUGCACCUUCUUCACAAGUAAAGAAAUCCUGCGGUUACAUGGGCGCUUCCGUGACUUGGCUCCCAACAUUGUUCCAAUGGACUAUACAAAUAACCCUGAUAUUACUCUCCCCUCCUCCGUCAUUACCGCCAUGCCGGAACUUAAGGAAAACCCAUUCCGCCACAGCAUAGUUGAGGCCUUUUCUGAGGAUGGCAAGGGCAACCUGAGUUUCAAUGACUUUGUGGACAUGUUCUCAGUCUUGAGUGAAAUGGCACCACUAGAUCUGAAGAUCAUCUACGCCUUCAAGAUAUACGAUUUUAACAGAGAUGGGUUCCUCUGUGAAAAGGACGUAGAGGAAACUGUGCACAGGCUGACUGGAGAAGAGCUGAGGCCAGAAGAAAGGAGGCUUGUCUCUCAGAGAGUGAUGGAGGAAGCAGACCUAGAUGGUGAUUGGAAGCUCUCCCUCAUUGACUUUGAGAACAUGAUCUCCAAGGCACCAGAUUUCAUUAGCACCUUCCAUGUACGCAUCUGAAAGGGUGGAAGAUGACCUUGGAAUGGAGGUGAAAGAGGAUGGAUGGCUGACUCAGUGGGUUGUGCCUCUCCUGUGCUGCUGUUCUAUGUGACUAUAUUUUGAUGCUGGCCAAAAUGACAAUGUCAGUCCGCUGGUGAAAGGAUCUUUUCAGUCGUUUUAAAGAGCAGAAAAGGACUGAGUGCACAGGAAGUCUUGCCCGCAGUGGAGUCUUUCUCAAAUGGAUACUACGUGAAAGAAAACUCUUUAUGACCACUUGUCAUGAAGGAAACCUGAACUUGAGGUGGUCAGCUUUCAUGUGGACUUCCCACUGUAAAUGAUUAACAUGAGAUAAACAGAUUCAACAUUCACAUUUCAUGUUUGAAAGCUGAACGACCCUUUGGUAGUUGCUUUUUCAUAAUCUACACUACACAGCUCAGUAAAUACUGUGUGUAUCAAAGAUGUUGUUUCUGAAAAGCCUUUAAUGCAUUUUCAGCCUUUUUCAGGUAAUUUUUGUUGACUUCAGUGCAGCUGGUAGACCGUUUAACCCUGCUUUUAAUAAUGCAAAGCAAAGAUUUAUUGAGAGAUAAUCCUUUGAAUGCAGUUCUUAUAUGUGAGCACAUUAGACUAGUGAAAAGUAACCACAUGAAACAGUGGGAAUCUGGGUUUCCCUUAAAAAAACACUCAACAUAUAUGUACUAAACGUAUAUUGGGUUUACUGUAUUCUAUUUGUGUAUCAUUCUGUAAAUCAAGCUGUGGUCUACUUAAUAAAUAAGGGACAACUGUUAA